AUGAUAGAAGUUUUCGUGGAAGUCAUCGCAUCCUUCACUCAGUACUAUGACCAGCCGCUAAGGUGCUUCACAUUUGGGGACUUUCAGUUGGUACCAACCGUAGAAGAGUUUGAAGGGAUCUUGGGAUGCUCGCUAGGAGGAAGGAAGUCGUAUCUGUUUUCUGGGUUUUACCCCUCCAUGGCAAGAGUAGCAAAGGUGGUCAAGAUCUCGGUGCAAGAAUUGGAACGAGUGAAACAAAAUAGAAAUGGGGUGGUUGGGAUACCAAAGAAGCGCUUGGAAGAGAAAGCGAAAGCUUUGGCGGAUCAAGGAGAGUGGACUUCUUUCAUUGAUGUUUUAGCACUAUUGGUGUUUGGGGUCGUCCUCUUUCCAAAUGUGGAUGGGCUAAUGGAUCUAGCGGCGAUCAAUGCUUUUCUUGCUUAUCACCAUAGCAAGGAAAGUUCGGCCGUUGUUGUUUUGGUUGAUGCCUAUGACACGUUUGACCAGAGAUGCAAGAAGAACAACGCGAGAAUUGUCUGUUGCACACUCGCUCUUUAUGUAUGGCUGGUCUUUCACAUUUUUCAUCAUGAAAGUAGACAUGUUUGUCCCCUACAAGGUCACUACAUAUGUGCCGAGAAAGGGAAAGCAAAUUGGGAGCAGCUCAUGGCGGGUAUGGUAGGGGCGUCCGUUAAUUGGUUCCCUCGAUGGAAGGAAGGAGGGGCCAGAGUUUUGUCCUCAUGUGAAGGGUUCCCAAACGUCCCCUUGAUGGGAACGAGGGGUUGUAUUAAUUAUAAUCCUGUACUUGUCAUAAGACAACUAGGCUACCCUAUGAAAGGGGCACCAUCAGAAGAGAGUAUCGCGCCUUUCAUCGCAUGA